GCAAAUAGCUAUGGUUGUGACUGAGUUUCUUCUCGACACCUAAGCCUUUCUCAAGUUGCAAGGAAAGCUUGCUGGGAGGAGCUUGGAAUCUGGAAUGAAGCCAGAGGGCAAGGCUGAAGUGAGUCAUUUAAAUGCUGCAACUCAGAGAUUCACUCAGAAGACUGGACUCAAUUCUGAAGGUCGCCCAGAAGGAGAGAACAAUGUCCUCUUUACCCGUGCCAUACAAACUGCCUGUGUCUUUGUCUGUUGGUUCCUGCGUGAUAAUCAAAGGGACACCGAUCGACUCUUUUAUCAACGACCCACAGCUGCAGGUGGAUUUCUACACUGACAUGGAUGAGGACUCAGAUAUUGCCUUCCGUUUCCGAGUGCACUUUGGCAAUCACGUGGUCAUGAACAGGCGUGAGUUUGGGAUAUGGAUGUUGGAGGAGACAACAGACUAUGUGCCCUUUGAGGAUGGCAAACAAUUUGAGCUGUGCAUCUACGUGCAUUACAAUGAGUACGAGAUAAAGGUCAAUGGCAUACGCAUUUAUGGCUUCGUCCAUCGAAUCCCGCCAUCAUUUGUGAAGAUGAUGCAAGUGUCCAGAGAUAUCUCCCUGACCUCAGUGUGUGUCUGCAAUUGAGGGAGAUGAUCACACUCCCUCAUGUGAAGAAUCCCUCUUGUUGAAGGAUUGUUCAAUAAGAAUCCUUCAACAACAAUCCCUCUUGUUGAAGAAUCCCUCUUUCUACCUGACCAUGGGAUUCCCAGAGCCUGCUAACAGAAUAAUUCCUCCUCACAAUUUCCC